AUAUGCGUACGAGAGCAUCCCUAAAAAUUGCCUCUGUCAUACAACCAGGAAGAAGGUGGGAUAGCCCUGCAAAGCUAACAUCCCCAAUCUUUCUGCAUACUUUCUCCGAAAAUAAUGGGAUCGUCAAGGUGGAAGGUGGCAGCGGCGGCGUUUCUCGCUAUCCUGGGCUCUUUAUUACCUGUGCACGCAGACGAACAUGACCACACGUACAUAGAUAAGGAAGAGGUAGUUUUAUGGAUGAACACAGUGGGGCCUUACCACAACCGACAGGAGACGUACAAGUAUUUCUCUUUGCCCUUCUGCGCGGGUUCUAAGAAGACCAUCAGUCACUACCAUGAAACACUCGGAGAGGCUUUGCAGGGAGUGGAGCUGGAAUUCAGCGGCUUAGACAUAAAGUUCAAAGAGGAAGUCAUGCAGACAACAUACUGUGAAAUCGACUUGGACAAAGCCAAACGGGAUGCCUUUGUGUAUGCUAUAAAGAAUCACUACUGGUACCAGAUGUACAUAGAUGACCUGCCUAUCUGGGGUAUCGUUGGCGAGGCUGAUGAAAAUGGAGAGGAUCAUUACCUGUGGACGUAUAAGAAACUAGAAAUUGGCUUCAACGGCAACAGAAUUGUUGAUGUGAAUCUAACUAGUGAAGGCAAAGUCAGACUCGUGCCAAACACAAGAAUCGCAAUGUCCUAUUCGGUAAAGUGGAAGAAGUCAGAUGUAAAGUUUGAAGACAGAUUCGACAAGUACCUCGAUCCAUCCUUCUUUCAGCACAGGAUCCACUGGUUCUCCAUCUUCAACUCCUUCAUGAUGGUCAUUUUCUUGGUGGGUCUGGUGUCCAUGAUUCUAAUGAGAACGCUAAGAAAGGAUUAUGCCAGAUACAGCAAAGAGGAGGAGAUGGAUGACAUGGACAGAGACCUUGGAGACGAAUACGGGUGGAAGCAGGUACAUGGAGAUGUGUUUAGGCCGUCAAGCCAUCCACUGAUCUUCUCUUCGCUCAUCGGCUCUGGCUGCCAGAUCUUCUCAGUCUCCCUCAUCGUCAUCAUCGUUGCCAUGGUUGAGGAUUUGUAUACAGAGAGAGGAUCCAUGCUGAGCACAGCCAUUUUUGUGUACGCCGCCACCUCUCCCGUCAAUGGCUACUUUGGGGGAAGUUUGUAUGCAAAACAAGGAGGCAGGAGAUGGAUUAAACAGAUGUUCAUCGGGGCCUUUAUGAUCCCAGCCAUGGUGUGUGGGACUGCCUUCUUCAUCAACUUCAUCGCCAUCUACUACCACGCCUCCAGAGCCAUCCCAUUUGGCACCAUGGUUGCUGUCUGCUGUAUCUGCUUCUUCGUCAUUCUGCCACUAAACCUGGUGGGAACGAUUUUGGGGAGGAAUCUGUCCGGCCAACCCAACUUUCCCUGCCGAGUGAAUGCUGUGCCGCGGCCGAUCCCUGAGAAGAAAUGGUUCAUGGAGCCGGCUGUCAUCGUGUGCCUUGGAGGAAUCCUUCCAUUCGGUUCCAUUUUCAUAGAAAUGUACUUCAUCUUCACGUCCUUUUGGGCCUAUAAAAUCUACUACGUGUACGGCUUCAUGAUGCUGGUCCUGGUCAUCCUGUGCAUCGUCACCGUGUGUGUCACCAUCGUGUGCACGUACUUCCUGCUCAACGCCGAGGACUACAGAUGGCAGUGGACCAGCUUCCUCUCCGCUGCAUCCACUGCUGUUUACGUUUACAUGUACUCCUUUUACUACUAUUUCUUCAAAACCAAGAUGUACGGGCUGUUCCAGACAUCCUUCUACUUUGGCUACAUGGCUGUGUUCAGCACUGCCCUCGGAAUCAUGUGUGGUGCCGUCGGAUACAUGGGAACAAGUGCCUUUGUGAGGAAGAUCUACACAAAUGUGAAAAUUGACUAAGAAGCGAAGCAGCAACACAGGGAUGUAAAUGGAUUUGCCUACGCGUAUUCUGAAAGACGGCGGGCACAAGUCAUUCUUUAUUACUUUUCUUUCUUGCAAAGAGAUUGCGAGAAUCUCACUUUGUACAAUGUAGUUUUUUUCCAUUUUCUGAAUGAAAUUCAACGCCGCAACUCAAAGUGAACAAGGAGGAAAUCUGCGGAAGAGAUAUCAAACACAAGUUUCUGUUUUUAUCAGUUGCUUUCAAACAAACAAACACGUUUGGGCGAAUGUUAAAGGCUGACAUGGCUUCUCGUUUCCAACCCAGUCCCACCUGAGACCAGAGAACAUAAAUGUUUAUUGAUGGAAUAGUGUAGCUCUCUUCAGUGAAGAGGCCUAAGUGUAUUGAAAGCCUUUGUUCUGUUGUGUCAGAAUAUUGGAGAGUUGGGUUCGUGUCCGUGUCGACUUGAUUUCUAUUUUGUAUUCUUGCAGUCGAAAUAUCUUUGCGACAGCAGUUUGUUCCCAUUUGCAAAAGUUGAUCUGAAAACUGUCACUGUUCAAUAAUCAUUCCCCCCAUUUUGACGAUUCUUAAUUCCCCGUUACCGUAGCAAUCCAUCCAGUCAACAUGAGAUUUUAGUCCUGCUGUAGUUUACUGUACAGACAAGAGCAGAGGGACUGAUUCACAGUUGAGGUACAGUAAGAACUGAUUUUUAAAUGGAUGUUUGAUGUGGUCCCAUUUCCCCGUUUAGUCUUAUGUUUUCUUAAUGUUUGGGUUUGAAUGAAGUCUACUUGUAAAGAUAAUAUAUGGAUGGGGGGGGAGUGUAUAUAACCUUAAUAAUGUACCUUUAGAUGUAGAUCCCAAAUGUAUUUUCGUUGUACAGAUUUACUACAGGGUGUUUUUUUUUUUUUUUUGUUUUUUUUUAAUGAAUCCUUCAGUUGAAAACAAAAAAAUAUAUUUAGUUUUUUUUCCUGUUUGUUUGGUGCUUGGGGUGGGGCUGGUGGCGCUGUUACAUCUUGCCUGAUAUUGCAUGAAGUUUUCACCAAACCAUCUGAUCAUCAAAUUCCACUUCUGUCAGCGCUGUCCGUUUUUCUUUUCUCCUCGUGAGCAUCUUCAGUCCCAAAAUGUAAAAAAAAAAAAGUUACAUUGUGAUGACUUGUAGACCUGCUGCUCAUGGACGCAUUUUAUUUUGAUUUCAUAUAUUAUUUAAAGCUUUAAAAAGGCUCUACAUCUUCUGGUAAGCCAUGUCCCUCAUGUUCUUUCUGUUGCCUAACCUGAAACAUCAUUUGUGAAUGUCAGAAGGAAUGAGGCAGUCGCUUUGUUUCUGCAAACAUACUGUACAAAGUGAAGUUUAUGUACACUUAAAAGUAGAUGUUUUCAUAACCACACACAGUGCUGCGGAGUGUUUCAAACGCUUUUUUUCCAUUUUGUGUAAAUACAGUAUGUACCCUACUUGUAUGAGAAGUGGCGAUGCCUUUUUUUCUAAUUUCCAGUUCUCCCCCAUUGAAGUUGAUUUUGGCACCUCAUGUUGUGUACCAAUGUCUGAUUAGACAUUUUGAACCUGCAUAUUAACUUGCUGUAAAAAGAGAAAAUAAACAUGUUUAUGUACAGGG